UUGCAGGUUAUAUUGCGUUGGAGCUUGCAACAUGGCAAUGUGAUUAUCCCGAAAUCGGUCAGUGCGGAAAAAAUUAAAGAAAAUAUUGACAUUUUUGAUUUUGAGCUCAAACCAGAUGAAAUGGCAAUAAUUGAUGGUUUGGAUAGAAAUUUGCGUCUCCUCGACCUGACAGCCAGGGAUGGGGAUCAUCCUUUCUUUCCUUUUCUGGAAGAGUACUAA